CCAUGGCAACUGCUUCUGUCAACAGAAAUCUUGGACUGGCUCACUCCUGCACUCCGGCUCUGUGCUCUGCCAUUGGUUGGCUGAAUGAAAGACUUGCAAACUUGUGAAUGCAUAAUGCAUGUCAGUUUACCUUUGGAGCGUUCUUGGGCUCAUUUUCAGGUGAGCACAAUACCUGCCUGCAUCAAGACACUGAGUACCCAAAGAACAGCGCUGAAUCUCGGUGACCCUAACUGGAGUCAACAAUGGAGCUACUGGGAUCCACACUGACUGCUACCUAUGCCCGUCCAAAAACCAGCCACUUCCUCCCGGCCAUCUCCACCAUGGCUUCCAGCUACCGUAACACCCAGCCUGCCCUGGUCAUGAACCCCAGUGCCAACCUCUGGAGGACCAACAACUAUUACAAAGGCGGCAGCACGGUCCCGACACCUUCCUUAUCCAUGCAGCGAGAGAAUUUAGAUCUGGUUCGAGCCAAGACCAUGUUCUACCCCUCUAACAGGACGGCACUAUCUACCCGCUACACUCCUGAUGACUGGUACAAGUCCAACCAGAACAACUACAGGGAGUCUGAGUCGUCCAGGAAAAGUGCGGAAAGACUACGGAAAGACACCAUAAGACUCAUGCAGGAUAAGGAGCAACUCACUAGGCAAACUCAAGAGCACACGAGCAAGAACAUUGGAGAGAGGCUCAACGACAUUAUCUUCUGGAAGUCGGAGCUGAGCCAUGAGAUUGACAACAUGGUGACAGAGAUAGCUGCCCUCACAGAGGUCAAGAAGAGGCUGGAGAGAGCUUUGGCUGAGACUGAGGGGCCCCUUCAGGUGUCUCAGGAGUGUUUGUACCACAGAGAGAAACGGAUGUCCAUUGAUCUGGUUCAUGAUGAUGUAGAGAAGGACCUCAUGAAGGAAGUAGAAGUCAUCAAGUCCUGUCAGGAGAGGAUGAGGCGGCAUCUGGACCGAGCCAUUGCUCAGCUGGCGUCAAACCGAGCUGCUCAGCAUGAACUAGAAAGAGACAUAAGUGACAAAGUGACAGCUCAGAGGAUUGAUGACAGGUGCCACCAUCUGAGGAACACAUCAGACGGUAUCGGAUACUACAGGGGGAUUGAAAGGCUCGACCCCUCUCUUUCUCUUCCAGACUCAUGGUCCAAGUUCACUGAUGACAACAUCCUGCACUCCCAGAGCCAACGAGCGGCCUCCCACAAGCUCAGAGACGAGAUAGAGAUCCUCCUGAACACCACAUCCAACGAAAUGUGGAACCAGUUCAACAACGUCAACGUGGCCUUCACAAACCGCAUAUCAGAAACAGCUGAUGCUAAGAACAGUCUGCAGACACACCUGGCCAAGACUCUUCAGGAGAUCUUCCAAACAGAGAUGCUGAUCGAGACUUUGAAAAAGGCCAUCAGAGAUAAGGAGUGUCCUCUAAAAGUGGCCCAAACCAGACUGGAGGAGAGGACCCGCAGGCCUAAUGUGGAGCUCUGCAGAGACAACCCACAUCACAGACUUGUGAGUGAGGUGAGAGAGAUCGAGGACACCAUCCACAAGCUCCAGGAGAGGCUGAUGGAGGCCGAGAACACUCUGCAGACUCUGGUUAAAACUAAAGUGACCCUCGAGCACGAUCUGUCCAUCAAAGCUAACUCACUCUUCUUAGACCAGGAGAAAUGCAUGAGCAUGCGGAAGAGCUUUCCCAGCAUGCCCCGUCUUGUGGGAUACACAUAA